AUGGAAAUGGAAUACGAUGUUAUCCCGGUUCAAGACGCAACUACAAUUGACAGUAAUUUACAAGGGGGGCUGGACAACCAAGAUAACUUGCCGCCACCAAAUUGGUUACCUGGACCCGAAGGUUCCAACUAUAAUAUUUUGGAGCCCGGUCUCAAAGACGAUGCACCGCCACCAGAUCUCCGAUACGACAAAGACCUACGCGUUUGGGUUGAAUAUUACCCUGUUGAGACAGUAGGAGCUUCAUUUAGAAGAGCCACAAGGGAGGAAAUGGCGAAAUGGGUCUGGGGAGAACCUGGUGAUAUCGGCAAACUGGCCGAUCCCAAUAACUUCGAGAUGGCUGAAUUUGCCCUCGAAGCCGGGCUAAGUGUCAAAGACCAAGAGCGUUUUUUACGCCUAAGGAAGAUGAAAGGUCAAGCCCCAUGGUCAUCAAAUCAUCUGAUGAUGAAGGACGUUGACAAGCUCCCGCGUUGCACAAAGUGGGAGCCAAAAUACUACGAGCUGAAAGGGCCAAAGGGAGUGGAAAAGGUGAUCUUUUGGUGCCGAAAUACGGCCGACGUCUUUUGGGACCUCUUUGGGAUCCUGGCUCUAAAAGACGAGUACCACUUCCGGCCAGAACGACACUACAUGAAGCGUGAUAAGACAAACCGGCAAUACGGAGAGGCAUGGUCGGCAGAACAAUGGUGGAAUAUCCAGCUAAAGAUCAAGGAUCGUUUUGCAACCGUUGGGCAAUAUGUGAUUGCGACCGACCAGACCCCGUUGACUGGUUUUUGUGGUAGCAAGAAGGCCCAUCCAGUCUAUUUUACCAUCGCCAACCUACCAAAACAUAUUUGA